AUGACGAAGAAAUUCGAGUUCGACUGGAAAAUACCAGUGCCGGAGCCCCUUUUACAGGGCUGCACGUUCGAUAGGUGGACCGAGGAGAAAGACAACGUCGAAUUGGAGAAGAACGCCUUCUUCAAAGUCGACGAGUAUGGCUUUUUUAUUUACUGGAAAAGCGAGGGAAAGGAGGGAGACGUGAUAGAGUUGUGCCAAGUGAGCGAUGUGAGGGCGGGUGGGGUGCCCAAAGAACAAAAAAACAGCAGCUUUUUGGUCGGCAAACAUGGGCCUGAACUCGAGAAUAGAUCCCUUACAAUUUGCAGUGGCACUGACUACAUUAACAUCAACUACCAGCAUAUUGUGUGUCCCGAUGUUGAAACUGCUAAAGUUUGGCUUGAAGGCUUGAGGAAAAUAACGCACAAUGUAAAGGCGAAUAAUUUUUGCCCGAUGACAUGUUUGAAAAAACACUGGAUGAGAUUAAAUUUUUCCGUCGACCCGGUUGGUAAAAUACCAGUUAAAGUGAUCGCUAAAACUUUUGCGUCGGGCAGAACCGAAAAGUUGGUUUACCAAUUUUUAUCCGAGCUCGGUUUGCCGAGCCAAAAAAACGACUCGAUCGAACCGAGCGACUUCACGUUCGACAAGUUCUACGCUUUGUACCAUAAAAUCUGCCCCAGGAACGACAUUGAGGAACUCUUUAGAAGCAUUACUCAAGGCAAGGCGGAAUACAUGAACAUAAACCAGAUGAUUGAGUUUUUGAACGAGAAGCAGCGAGAUCCACGUUUGAACGAAAUUUUGUAUCCUUUGUACGACGAAAAAAGAGCGGCAGAAAUUAUAGAUACAUAUGAACAGGAUGAGGAAUCUCGAAAAGAAAGAAGACUUACCAAAGAUGGAUUUACAAGAUACUUGAUGUCGGACGAGAAUGCGCCCGUUUUUCUCGACCGUCUGGAAAUCUACAUGGAAAUGGACCAACCACUGUGCGCCUACUACAUAAACUCUAGUCAUAACACUUUUCUAUCCGGCCGACAGUUUGGCGGCAAGUCUUCCGUGGAAAUGUAUCGUCAAGUCCUGUUGGCCGGAUGCCGAUGCGUCGAAUUGGACUGCUGGGACGGUAAAGGGGAGGAUGAAGAACCUAUAAUAACCCACGGUAGAGCCAUGUGCACCGAUAUCGUUUUUAAGGAUGUUAUUUAUGCCAUAAGAGAUACAGCCUUUGUGACGUCGGAUUAUCCCGUCAUUUUAUCCUUUGAGAAUCAUUGCUGCAAAAGCCAGCAGUACAAGCUUGCCAAAUACUGUGAUGAAAUUUUCGGCGACCUUCUUUUGAAGGAGCCCCUGGAAGACUACCCCCUGGAACCGGGGGCACCCCUGCCGCCCCCCUGCCUGCUGAAACGCAAGAUCCUCAUCAAAAACAAACGCCUGAAACCUGUGAUGGAGAAACAGGAACUCGAGCUUUUCAGGCAGGGUCAGUUCGUCAUCGAGGACGAGGAGAAGGAGGACGCGAACGCUUCGGCCGACCGACCGAUGCCGCCCGACGUGUCGAUCGAGGCGCCGCCCGCGGAGGGCGGCGAAGGCGAGGUGCCGGUCAACUACACCUGCCUCACCAUCAACAUCCAUCCCUGGCUGAGUUCCAUGGUCAACUACGCGCAGCCGGUCAAGUUAUGCAGCUUCGAAACUGCGGACCAGAAAAACAUUCACCACAACAUGUCGAGUUUUUCUGAGCCUGCCGGGUUGGGUUUUCUGCGCACGUCCGCCAUCGAUUUCGUCAACUACAACAAGCGGCAGAUGUCGCGCAUCUACCCUAGCGGGGCGCGCGCAAACUCCUCCAAUUACAUGCCGCAAGUGUUUUGGAACGCGGGCUGCCAGAUGGUCUCUCUCAAUUUCCAGACGUCCGAUUUGCCGAUGCAACUCAACCAGGGAAAGUUCGAGUACAACGGCAACUGCGGCUACCUGCUGAAGCCGGACUUCAUGCGCAGGCACGACCGCACGUUCGACCCGUUCGCCGAGUGCCCGGUAGAUGGCGUCAUCGCGGCCCAGUGCUCGGUGCAGAUCAUCGCCGGUCAGUUUUUGUCGGACAAGAAGGUGGGCACGUACGUCGAGGUCGACAUGUACGGCCUGCCGACCGACACCAUCACGAAGGAGUUCAGGACGCGCCUGGUGCCGGCCAACGGCCUCAAUCCCGUCUACAACGAGGAGCCGUUCUUGUUCAGGAAGGUCGUGCUGCCGGAUUUGGCCGUGCUGUGGUUCGGCGUCUACGACGAAAGCAACAAACUCUUGGGGCAGCGCAUUCUACCUCUGGACGGUUUGCAAGCGGGUUACCGUCACAUUUCGCUAAGAACCGAAGCGAAUUUCCCCAUGUCGUUGCCGAUGUUGUUUUGCAACAUCGAACUGAAAAUCUACGUUCCUGACGGUUUCGAGGACUUCAUGGGCGCGCAGAAGAAACAAAACGAACAAAUGUUUUCCAUGGGUAUCGAGGUUACCGAUAAAAAGGGACAGGAGAACAAGGAGAAGAAGGAGGAGAGGAAAGUUGAACCCAUGGUUUUUGAACCAAUCACCAUUGAGUCGAUAAAACAAGACAAGGCUUUCCAAAAAACCACGAAAAAACAGCAAAAAGAGUACGACACUUUGCGCAAAAAACAAACCAAAGAGAAGUUGGCUGUCCAAAAAUCUCAGUGUUUGGCCAUUGAAAAAUUAAUUAAAGGAAAAAACAAAAACGACCUCGCGAACGAUCCAGCGGUGAAAAAAAUGGUGGGAGAACAAACUUUGGAGUGGAGCGAGUUGAUGGGGCGCCACAGAAAACAGGAGUGGGAAUUUUUGAGACAGCAACUGGAAGAUCAACGGGAUGUUUUGAGGAAACACAUGGAAAUCCUGCAGGCUUCUCAAGUCAAACAAUUGGAGGUGAAACACGACAAGGACAUGAAGGAUUUGAGAGUGCAGCAAGCCAAACAAUCCGUAGAAACGGCAAAAGAGGUUGCAAAUGACAAAACACUGAAAAAUAAAAAGGACAAGGACAGGAGAUUGAAGAAAAAAACUCAGAACAACACGAAAAAGUUCCUUGAAGAGUAUAAAACGGCCGCGAUUAAGCAGGCAAGGGAAAAGGAAAAGUUGAAAAUAACUCACGACAAACAGUUGGAGAUGUUAUCGCACGACAUUCAAAAAUUAAUUGACAUGUACAAAAACGGAGAGUUAGAGUAUGAAUUAAGCGGCAAAAAUGAAUUUUACGCUUGA